GGAACGGCCGGAGCUGCCUGGGUGUCUCUGUCUGUAUGUGUCUCUGGGUGUCUCUGUGUGUAGUUACCGUUACCAUUUUAUUACGUGUGUGUCUUAUGUUACAGCCAUGCUGCACAUCAGCGGCCAGGGAGAGAGGAGCGGGGAGGAAAAGCCUGUUUACACAGACUGCAAACCGCCUGGGGAAUAAUGCAGUAAAGGAAGUGAGCCGGCUCUCUGUCUGACUGCUCCAACUUCCUGCUCUCACACACACCAAAAAAAAAAGAGAGAGAGAAAAAAAAGAGAGCGAGCUAGAGAGAAAGAGAGAGAGCGAGAGAGAGAAAGAAAAAAGAGGAAAAAUAUCAGGAUCUCAUUACAAGAGAAACAGACCGCUUGCAGACGCCUGUCAGCAUGGAAAACCAGGGGAUUUUACCCAGUUCCUCUUAAAAAUCACCCAGAAGAAGACUUUAAAAGCUCAGCAGACAUCUGGGUAUGGAGAGUGCAAUCACACUGUGGCAGUUCCUGUUGCAGUUACUGCUCGAUCAGAAACAUGAGCACUUGAUCUGUUGGACAUCAAAUGAUGGCGAGUUCAAGCUACUCAAAGCGGAAGAGGUGGCCAAGCUGUGGGGACUACGAAAAAAUAAAACAAAUAUGAAUUACGACAAACUGAGCAGAGCCCUCAGAUACUAUUAUGACAAGAACAUCAUCAAGAAAGUGAUCGGGCAGAAGUUCGUGUACAAGUUUGUCUCUUUUCCUGAGAUUUUGAAAAUGGAUCCCCAUGCAGUGGAAAUCAGCAGAGAAAGCCUUUUGCUGCAGGACAGCGAUUGCAAGGUGCCUCCCGAGGGAAGAGAACAGCCCAAACACAGCCUGUCCGCCCUCAAAAGCGCAAGCCGAAAUGAAUACAUCCAUUCUGGCCUGUAUUCGUCCUUCACCAUUAACUCCCUACAAAACCAACCGGAUACUUUCAAGCCAAUUAAGACGGAGAAACUGGAGGAGAAAUCCGAAGGAAGCACUCCAGUGGAAGAAGUUAGGACUGUUAUCAGGUUUGUGACAAACAAAACAGACAAGCAAGCCAUGCGGCCCCUGGUGUCGCUACCUUCCACGUCCGAGGCUGCGGCCGCCUCCGCCUUCUUGGCUUCGUCCGUCUCGGCCAAAAUAUCUUCUUUAAUGUUGCCUAAUGCUGCCAGCAUUUCUUCGCCUUCGUCGUCCUCGUCUCGCUCCCCCUCCCUGUCCCCCAACUCCCCGCUCCCUUCUGAACACAGAAGCCUCUUCCUUGAGUCCAGUUGUCAUGACUCAGAUUCUCUAGAGCCCCUGAACCUGUCCUCAGGCUCCAAGACAAAAUCUCCGUCUCUUCCCCCAAAGGCUAAGAAACCCAAAGGCCUGGAAAUCUCAGCACCCCCGCUGGUCCUUUCCAGCACGGAUAUCGGCUCGAUUGCGCUCAACAGUCCAGCCCUGCCCUCGGGAUCCCUCACUCCAGCCUUCUUCACCGCACAGACUCCAAAUGGCUUACUAUUGACGCCAAGCCCACUGCUGUCUAGCAUUCACUUCUGGAGCAGCCUUAGUCCUGUAGCUCCGUUGAGUCCUGCCAGGCUGCAAGGACCAAAUACCUUGUUUCAGUUCCCAACUCUGCUAAAUGGUCACAUACCAAUGCCGAUCUCCAGUCUGGAUAGGGCCUCUUCUCCAGGACUGCUGUCUUCAAAUGCUCAGAAAUCCUGAUGACGUCUCGCCCCAUUAAGGACUCAUUAACUGAUAUAAUAAACUCACCCCCAUGGGCUAGUAUUUCCUGUGUUAUGAGAAGGACUUUGUGAAACCCCAUAUUAUCUUGGUUUGCACUUUUCAUCACACGGAUAGUCUGGUAUUACUUUAGCAUUCUUAAACAGUGUUUAUAUGUGGACAUAUAUAAGAUCUGUUUUGCAGUAAAUGAAUUUUAAUGUUUUUAUAAGAACAUAGCCCACAAGUGUUGAACACUGUUGACAGUGAAGAACUUUUCUUAAUGGAUUUCAGUGUAUCUAAUAAGGAUGUGAAGCUUUUCCCCUUUUAAUUCUGCAUACUCUGCAUUGUGCUUAUGUACACUUAUAACCGGCUGUGCCUUCUUUUGCAUAAUGUUUAAUGUUAUGUAAAUGAUUUAUAUAUUUUCUAGUAUUAAGAGAAAAGGGUUGAAAGACAAAGCUAGUAUCAAACUGCUACGGUAGUUUUCAUUAUUUUUCACAGACAGGCAAUACGAAAGCACGGUCCUAUAACUUUGUAUUUAGUGCUUUCAAAUUGUAUACAAAUUGCCUUAUUUUUUCUUUGCUGAACUGAAAAAACAUUAAGCGUAAUGUGUUUUUUAAAGGAGUAAAUGAAGCCAUAUUUAGACAAGGGAUAUCCAUAAAAUGAAGCGUUCCGUGACGUUUCGGAUAGAAGAAAAGGUAUUCAGCAAAAACAACCGGGAAUUACCAGUACCUUUUAGUGUCAUUGGAACCAGAGACUG